AUGACUACGACACUCACAACAUAUUUAUGUGAUGCUAUCGAUCGAAAAGAUCCACCAAGAAAGAUUUCACGAUUACUCAAGGAAGGUGUCGAUUGUAAUUUAUCACGUUUUGAUCCGGCAAAGUUAAAGUUUGUCUCACCUAUUCAGUUGGCUGCUGAAAAAUCAACUUGCAAAUAUGGUACACUUCAUCUUCUUUAUCGAAAGCGUAAUAGUCCAACUAAAACGCAACUUCAAAAACAUUUGGCAUUCUUUUGUGAUCAUUAUCAAGUAUCAAACGAAGAAGAAAAUGAAUUGUUUCUUGAGUUCACUGUUUGUCGUCUUCUUCACAAUCGUAUUUGUCAAUAUCCACCAAAAGAAAUGCGUAUUAUAAUUGAAGGCCUUUUAGGUCAUGAUAAAGCUAAAUUUCGUGGAGAAAAGUUGAAUAUUGGAUCGACAAACUAUAUUUUUCUACAAGUACGUAUUUAUGCUCUUUUUCAAUGGUUAGUCGAUAUGAAAACUAAUAUUUCAAUCAAAUCCGAAUCUGAAACAUUCAACAUUAUUGAAAAUGAACUUUCACACAAUUUAGAAGCAUACUAUCUUCUUCAUGAUAUUCAACAUAUACCUGUACGAAUGACUGAAAGUAUGGAUUUUCAACAGUUAAAGGAAAUAGAAUCAUUUGAACAAUUACAAAAAUUUUAUGAAAGUAUUGCAGAAAACGUCAUUAACAAAAUUAAGCAACUUCAACCUCAACAAGAAUAUUUUAUUCCAACUGGUUGGCGUCAUCAUGCUAUCUGUGUUUCAUUCCGACGAAUCGAUCAGACUUAUAUUAGUAUUCGUGUUGAUAAUCCUAGUGGAUCGAAUCCUUCAAACAUGCACGAAAUGGAUUCUGAUAUAACUAAUGUUCCUCUAAUUCGACCUAAAGUGUUGGGUCGAUUGUCUCUUAACAAGUUAGAUGAGAAUAAGAAUUAUAUCAAAUCAUUAAUUGAUAGUGUGAAACGAAACUUAGAAGCACGUAUUGCAAUUCCCUUGAUAUAUGAUACUAAUAAAACAAUUAAAGAUCUCGACCGAAGACAUGAAGAAUAUGUACCAAAUAUUGUUGAACAAGCAGCUGAUAAUUGCGUUGUCAAAUGUUUUGAGCCUGGUUUACGAACACGUUUUGGAGAACAACAUAAGAAACUUUGUGAAAAACUAAUCUUUCAACAUGAAAUAAACGUGGUCAAUAAACUUAUCCGGCAAUGUGAAAUGGAAUUUAAAUGCUUUGUCGAGGGUUCUCCAGAUCGAUUCAUACGAUUUGCUAAAUUCGAUGAAAUUAAUAAAGUAAAACUUACACCAAAUGCUAGUCUACAAGAGAAAAUCAAAAUGAGUUAUAAAAAGCAUUGUCGACUACUUUCAAAUGUUACUAAUGAAGAAUGUUCACGUCCAUUAAAAGACAGAUUCAUCCAUUUACUAUUCAAAGAAGAAAAUACAAUCAUUGAACUUAAAAAUCUCUUCAGAGAACCUCGUGUUCUUAUAGUUGGAGAGGCCGGUUCUGGUAAGACAACAGUCUGCCAGUAUGCAGCAUAUUCUUGGGCUUGUCAAGAACUAUGGGAAAGUCAAUUCGAUUGGUUGUUCUAUAUUAGAAUGCGUAAUUUAAAUUCAAAACUCUAUCCACUACAAUCUAACAACUAUUCAUUGGUCGAUAUUAUUGUGAGAGAAUGUUUUCGAGGAUGUACACUUUCUCAUCUUGAAAAAAGUAGAUUAGAAUAUGCAAUCUCAUGUUCAUCGAAUAUCGUAUGGAUUCUUGAUGGGUGUGAUGAACGAACUAUUCCAGAUCAUUUAAUUGCAAUUGAACAAGAACUAUUAGAUAAAGAUUAUCUUCUUCUAACAUCUCGACCGUACGGAACAAACAAAUGUCACUACGAUAUCAAAGUUCAUAUUCAAAAUUUUACAGAAGACAACAUAGAAAAAUAUAUAAAUAAAUACUUUUCAAUAUGUAAACAUAGCGCUGCCAAAGAAUGUUGGUCAUUUAUUCGUUAUUCAGAUCCAUUGAAAAAAGCAGCACAUAUUCCUAUAUAUCUUGAAUUAAUUUGUAUUUUGUGGGAUAGUGGAAAAGUCGAUUUUAACGAUAUAAUGACAACCGGAGAUCUUUACGAGAAAAUAUAUGAAUAUCUCUUACGACGAUAUUUACUGAAAUUUUAUGGUCUAUGUGCAUCUGCUCUUGCUGGACAUGAUAUCUUUCAACAUUCAAGUAUUAAAGAAUUUACCUAUUUAGAAUAUCUAGCAUUCUUAGCAACAAAAUCUCAUACAUUUUCUAUUAGUGGUCAUCAAAUUUCGAAUGUAGCAGGUGCAUUAUUUCUUCCAUUGCUUCAAAUUGGUCUACUUGAACAAAGAUCGCGAGAUCAUAUUUCUGUACUUGUCGAAAAUGGCUACUAUUUUAUUCAUCGUAGUUUUCAAGAAUACCUCUGUGCUCGCUAUAUUAGACGAGCAUUGACAUCACUCAAUACAGAAAAACAAACGGAAGUAAUGGAUUUCAUUACCGAAGAAAAAUAUAAUCGUUGUAUGGAAGAUACAUUCAAGUACUUCUUUAGUUUGAGUCGAAUAAGUUCAUGUACCGAGAAAUUUUGGUUAGCUGUUGAUUAUGAACCGCGUGAUUUAGUUGGACUUCGACAUUUCUAUCGUAUAAUGAGAUGGUUUCCUUAUGCAAGUUGUAGAUUUGAUUUCGAUGAUAAAAAAAGAAUUGAUGAGAGAGUCAUAGAUGUUAUAAAAGAAUGGAUGUCUAAUAGAAAACGUCGACCACAUGAUUGUGCCAAUGCAUAUCUAUUUGAAUGUUUUGAGAAUGUCAUUAACAAGCAAGUUUGGUUAGAAGCAUGGAAAAAUGAUUUAUUCGAAGAAAAUCCAUCGAAUCGACUUUAUUUCAUGUCUGACUUAUGGUCAGAAACAAAUAUUAUUGCUGUUAGAAAUAUCUAUGAUCAAAUUCCAAAAGAUUUGCAUGCAUUUCAUUGUCUAAUUCACAAUGGACCUACCACACGUAAUCUCAAAUCUUUAAAAAUUAAUACUGAUUUAUUCAUUCCGCCACUUUUUGACAAACAAAGCAAAAUACCAGAAUUUUUAAAGGAAGCUCAGAAUAAAGCCAAACCACAUGAAUCAAUUAUGACACCAGGAGAAUUUCAAAAAAUUUUACAGAAUUAUUCCUCUUUCGCCAACUUGAAUCGUCAAAAAACAUUAUCCGAUCAAAUCGUAUGGCCGUUAAUCAUCGCUCCAUCUGCUUUAAUUAAUAUUGAUAAUGAAACUUUGGAACUUAUUUUAAAAUUAUCUCAACAGAACGUACUCUUUUAUCGUGAUUUUAAAUUACCUAUCAUUCCUUUUCUUGAGCUAUACAAGAAUUCAAUUGGUUCCAUUGAAAAAACUCUUUGUUCACUCAUCGUAUCAAUUGCACUUUCCAGCACUUGUAUUAUCAUGGCAUCACCUAAACAAACAACUUCAAUUCUAGUUUAUCUAAAUGAAACGUAUGAUGAUAUUAAAUUGAGUCUGAAUCGUCGAUUAGCAUUAAUACUCGAAUUCGAUCGAAUUCGACAAGAGUACGGAUAUUCUACGACUCUUUGUUAA